UCAGGCACAGGGCGGGGCGGAGCCCAGAAAGCCACGGUGGCAUCGGUGUCUGGAGGCAGGCGGGUCCGUCGGCCGCCCUCGCUGGGCCGCGUGGCGGUGGUCAUAGACCAGGGCUCGGGCUUCAUCAAGGCGGGCUUCGCGGGCGAGCACCAGCCGCGCCUGGUGCUGAAGAGCUCCAGCCUGGUGCCCCGCUGGGACCGGCCGGUGCCGCCGGGGGCACCGGGCGGCGAGCUGAUGGGUGGCGUCGCGCGGGCGCACCCCAUCAAGCACGGCGUGGUGGUGGACUGGGAGGCGCUGGAGAGGCUGUGGGAGCGCCUGCUGGUGGGCGGCCUGCGGGUGUGCCCGGAGCAGUGGCCCGUGCUAGUGAGUGAUUCGCCAUCGGCGCCGCCGGCAGGCCGCGACAGGAUAGCCGAGCUGCUGUUCGAGACCUUGGCAGUGCCCGCGUGCCACAUGGCCAGCACAGCGUUGUUGGCGCUCUGCUCCACUGGCGCGUUCAGCGGGCUGGCCGUGGAGGCAGGCGCGGGCGUGUGCCAUGCCACGCCCAUCUAUGCGGGCCACGCGUGGCACGAGGCCACGUUCCGGCUGGACGUGGCAGGCAGCACCCUGUCACGCUACCUGCGGGACCUGCUGGUGGCAGCAUGCCCCCACCUACAGCUGCAGGCCCUGCCCCGCAAGGCCAUCACACAGCUCAAGAAACGCUGCUGCUAUGUGUCACUGGACUUUGAGGGGGACCUUCAUAACCCUGACUGCCACCAUCCGGUCAGUUUCUGCUUAGGCAAUGGGUGCUCCGUCUGUCUCAGCAGCGAGCGCUUCCGCUGCCCAGAACCCAUCUUCCAGCCGAGUCUGCUAGGCCAGGCCAGGCCGGGCCUGCCCGCACUGGUCUUCCGGGCACUGCAGAAGGUCCCCGCAACGCUCCGGAAGCGGCUGGCUGACACCGUGGUGCUGGCCGGUGGCUCCACACUCUUCCCUGGCUUCACCAAGCGCCUGGAAAUGGAGCUGGAGGCGCAGUGCCGGAGGCACGGCUACGGGGCGCUGAGGCCGUGCCUGGUGGCGGCGCCUGGGCGUGGCACAGCAGUAUGGACAGGCGGCUCCAUGGUGGCCUCGCUGCGCUCCUUUCAGUGCCGCUGGAUAACCCGGGCCAUGUACCAGGAGUGUGGCUCCCGGCUGGUGCACGAAGUGUUCGACUGAGUCACGCUGUACUGGAGAGG